ACCAAUUUUUUUUUUUAAUCCAUCUCCAUUUCUAAGCUGGAAAAUCAUCUCUUUACGUAUUUAUAUAUUGAUUGUUGUUGUGCCACACUCAUGCAGGAGCCUCGUGCACUGAGCAAGACGUUUAUCGCAUUGCUAUUGUGAUCAUCCUCCUCCUCCUUGAAUUUGGAAUCAAGACUAUGUGAGUUGCUGUGUUUUUUUGGAUCAGGGGCUUUAGAUUUUCGAGCAAAGCACCAUUCUUCAAUUCUUUCUGGCAUUAUCUUCCUCAAAAGCCAUAGAGCCUGUUGGAGUUUUAAUUAUGCAAAGGACAAAGAAUCAAUUGGAUGCAGAAGAAGAAAGAGAUCAAGCCCUUGAUCAACUCCGAGAAAAAAUGGUGGCUCACGAGGUCAAUACGAAAUCAAGUGAAGCAUUGUCACCUCGGAGGGCUAGUAAAGUAUUUGCUGAGCUUACAACCGUGAAAGAGUUGCUGUCCAAUUCUCAAAAGGAGUUGGCUGCAAAAGAGAAGAGUUUCGAGUCUAUGAAACAUGAGCUUGACCAGGCAAAGCAGUUGGAAAAACAAUUAGCUGACAGAGAUUCAACAAUAAGUAGAUUGGAUGAGGAACUUCGUAAUGCCAAAAUAUUUGAGCUCCGUGCUAUGGAUUUAUAUACAGAAAGUAAGAUGAGGAAUAAGGAACUCGAGAGUGAGUUGGAAAAAGAGAAACAAUCAGAGAAGAGAGUGUUGGAAUCAGGAGUGUCCCAGACCAAAGAACUCGAGGCAGCAAAAACUGAACUCGGAGAAUCUAAGCUUCUAAUUGCUUCUCUUCGUGAGCAGUUGCAGAAGCUUCAAAGUUCAUCAUCAGUAAGUAGCAGAGAGAAAAAUCCUAAGAAUGAACUGGCUGAGAAAUCUGCCUCUUCAAAGACAGUUAGUUCACAACAGGAGAUCGAUGCACUUAGGAAGGAGCUAAAGGUUGCCCUUGAGGGAGAAGAGCAUAACAUGAAGGCCAUGAACGAUCUAGCUUUAGCAUUGAGAGAGGUCGCAACAGAGGCUAAUCAAGCAAAGGAAAAGCUUAUCACUGCUGAAUUGGAACUAGAGCACAUGAAGGAGGAGGCAGAACAAAUGAAAGUCAAGGCGAGGAGCACUGAAGAGAAGUACCGGAAGCUUUUGGAUGAAGCCAAAGAAGAACUUGAGCUACACAAGAACACUGCAGAUAGACUAAGGCUGGAAGCAGAGGAUGCACAGCUUGCAUGGAGCGGUAAAGAAAUGGGAUUUGUUGGCGUCAUAAGACAAGUUGAAGAGGAAAAAGCUCUUACAGAUCAAGAAAAUGCUAAAUUGACAGACUCCCUGAAGGCAUCUGAAAAUACGAGCAGAAAAGCAAGAGAAGAAAAUCACAAAUUGAGGGAAAUAGUCAAACGGUCCCUUAAUGAAGCCAAUGUUGCUAAAGAAGCUGCAAAAAUUGCUAAAGAAGAGAUUUCUGCACUUGAGGGCUCUCUAGCAGAGAAGGAUGAAGCCCUUGAUUAUCUCACUCGAGAGAUUGAAAGACUAAGGAUAAGUGAAGCUGCAGCCAAUGAAAAAAUGAAGGAGCUAAAGAAACUGCUUUCUCAAGCUAAUUCAGAACUUAGGACCGAGGAUAGGGAGGAAGCUAGUACAGCUUUCAUGUCACCAGAGUCCGUGUUUGAGGAUCAUAAGGAAGAUUAUAGCAAAGAAGACACGACAAUCAAAAAACGUUUUAGUUUAGAUGCAGCAAUCAAGAAAGGAUUUAGUUUUGAUCUUCAUGAUAUAAAGUUACAUACCAAAUUCGAAGAUGAAGAUGAUGAAAUGCUGAUAGAUGAGGACCCUGCAAAAGCUGAAGCACUCAAGGGCUCCAUAUUUGACCCCUCCAGUGAAACGCCAAGAUCAGAGUCUUAUAGAUCAAUGUCUUUUAAAUCAGAGUCUCAUACGCCAAUAAUAGCAUCCCCAAGGCAACAUCAUCGCCACCAUCAGCGAAGUAGUAGCAUUACGGAUGUAGGAAAUGUGAACUCAGUAGAUGUUGAUCCUCUAGAUGCUUUAACGCACAGCCUAGAUCAUUCACACUCACACCAUAGUACUGAAGGGACGCACCCUGAGGAUUUAGAAAGUGAUAGACAAGCCCAUAAAAAGAAGAAACCAGCAUUGUUAAAGAGCUUUGGUUCUCUUCUGUCAAGAAAAAGUUUUUCCCAUGCUCAUCACCACCACCAUCAAUCUCAUUCUCAUGCUCAUUCAAGUCAUUCGAAAAAGGAACCAACCACCCCGACCUCCAGCACUACCUCUGAUAAUCAGUAGUCCCUUCUUUGAAACUACAGUCAUCAUAUAAUGUCACACUCUGUAAAUUACAAUCUGGCUUGCCAAAUACAGGGCAGCAUAUGCCAGGUUCGGAAGAAACGAUUUAUGUCAACAGUUACAAGAUUAGUCACAAGAUUUGCCUAAUCUUUAGAAGGAAACGUUUAUGAGGUUUUUGGCACUUCUUUAUCUUUAUAUUCACUGUGCAUAGGAAGAUUGGAGGCCAUCUCUUAGUUGAUAAGCAUUUGUACUAAUUUUGAAUCUACAUAUUCUUUCUGG